AUGAUUAAAAAAAGCUUGAAACAAAUUUACAAUAACCUAUUAGAACAUCCAGAAAAAAAUGAAAUUGUUAAAGAAUUAUGUAAACUAUAUAAUGAAGAAAGAUCCAAAGGCAAAAAUCCAGAUCAAAUUCUUGAUACAUUGGAUAAAUUUCUAGUAAAAAAAAAGCAGAAUCCAGAUAAUAUCAUAAUUUGGUUCUUGAAUAAUAAAAUAUCUUCUACGGUUCAAACUAAUAAUAAAUGA